CCAUUCCCUUGGUGCUUUGUCAUUUCCUUAUUGUCUCUCUCUCUCUCUCUCUCUCUCUAUCUGAGUUUUCUGUUUUCACCUUUUCUCAUUGUCAAAAAAACAAUCUCUGUGUUUUCUCUUUACUAUUUUGUUUUUUUAUUCAACGCGUCUCUUUUGAUACACACGGUUUUGGUAUCUUUCAUGUGUUUUUCAAAUCCACAGAUUUUUAUCUUUCUACCCUUUUAACUUCCGGUUCUAUUUUUUCUUGUUUUUCUGGUUUCCAUUCAAAACCCAUCUUCCAAAAUCGAUCAAUCCAUUCUCUUCAGCGUAAUUUUUGUUAAUCAUAACCAAGUAUCGGUCCUUUUGGAUAUCUCCGCUUGCUCUGUUUUUGUUGCUCUGUUUCUUGAGUUUCUUAAAAGAGUUGCGGAUUCUUGGUUAUUGAUUCUCUGUAUUCACGCACCAGAAGGAAAUAAAAAAGUGUAUUUCUUUUACACUUUUGUCUUUGAUUCAUAUUUAUGCUCUUUUUUUCUUUGUUUUGAAAUAUUCAUUAGAUUUUUGUGUGUUCCUAUCCUUCUCUCCUACCAAUCACGAACUGCAAAUCGUGGCCCUUAAAUCGCUAUUUUUUCGCUGUUUUAGCGUACCGAUCUGUCAAAACCGUUGCUUUCCCUCUCUUUUUAGUUACAACAAUUAACAAAACCCUUCGACUCUACUUUGUUGUCUUGUCUUCCCUUUUCCUUGAAAUUUUUCUCUUCGAAACCAGAACUAAAAAUGGGUACUUGCUGGUUUCUUAGAUUGGUUUUGAUUUUAGGCCUUUUAGGGAAUUGUGUUCAUGGUCUUGGUGUUAAUUGGGGAACUAUGGCUAUACGUAAAUUGCCACCAGAAACAGUUGUUGAAAUGUUGAAGGAUAAUGGGAUCCAAAAAGUGAAGCUUUUUGAUGCAGACCAAAAUACAAUGAAUUCACUUGCUGGUACUGGCAUUGAAGUUAUGGUUGCUAUUCCUAAUGAUCAGCUUGCUGUAAUGGGUGAUUAUAAUCGUGCUAAAGAUUGGGUCAAGAGGAAUGUCACUCGUUAUAACUUCAAUGGAGGAGUUACCAUCAAGUAUGUAGCAGUUGGUAAUGAGCCUUUCCUCUCAUCCUAUAAUGGUUCAUUCUUAAACACCACCUUCCCAGCACUUCGGAACAUACAGAAUGCCCUUAAUGAUGCUGGGGUAGGAGACUCCAUAAAGGCCACUGUACCCUUAAAUGCUGAUGUCUACGGCUCACCAGAUGACCAAGCUUAUCCAUCUUCUGGCAGAUUCCGCAGUGAUAUCAAUGACAUUAUGACCCAGAUUGUUCAGUUUUUGAGUCAGAAUGGAGCGCCUUUCACUGUGAACAUCUAUCCUUUCCUAAGUCUUUAUGGGAAUGAUGAUUUCCCAUUUGAUUAUGCUUUCUUUGAUGGGGCUCCUCAACCUGUUGUAGACAGAGGCACUGGGAUUCAGUACACCAACGUUUUUGAUGCCAACUUUGACACCUUGGUUUCGGCCUUGAAAGCAGCGGGGCAUGGGGAUAUGCCCAUUGUAGUAGGCGAGGUAGGCUGGCCCACAGAUGGGGACAAGAAUGCCAACACAGGUUAUGCUAUUAGAUUUUACAAUGGACUUAUACCACGACUUGUAGGCAAUAGAGGCACUCCACUUCGGCCUGGCUACAUUGAAGUUUAUUUGUUUGGUCUUCUUGAUGAAGAUGCCAAGAGCAUCGCUCCUGGAAAUUUUGAGCGCCAUUGGGGGAUCUUUCGUUAUGAUGGGCAGCCAAAAUUUCCUCUAGAUCUUUCUGGUCAGAAUCAAAACAAGUUUCUUGCGGGCGCGCGGAAUGUGCAAUAUCUUCCAGCUAAAUGGUGUAUGUUUAAUCCAAAUGCUAAGGAUCUUAGCAAGCUUGCAGAGAACAUUGAUUAUGCUUGCUCACGUUCAGACUGCACUGCACUUGGAUAUGGCUCUUCUUGCAACAGCUUGGACUCCAAUGGGAAUGCUUCAUAUGCUUUCAACAUGUACUACCAGGUACAAAACCAGGAUGAAUUCGCCUGUAAUUUUGAAGGCCUGGCCACGAUUACCAGUCAGAAUAUUUCCCAAGGGAAUUGCAAUUUCAUCAUCCAGAUUGUAGCUUCGUCCUCCUCCUCUCUCACCCUGCCAUUGAUGGCAUUUGUAACAGUAUUAUUAACUACUUUUAUAUUGUUGUAAGCUUCUCAUGCUUUUUGUCAUCGGUUUCUCAACCAAUUCAUUUAAUAACAUUUCACAGAACUUUAUUCAUC